GAACCUAAGGAAUUAAAGAAGGAAAGAAAGGAAAAGAUGGUGGAGGAUGCUACCAAGGUUGAAAAGAAGGAGAAGAAGGAAAAGAAGGAAAAGAAAGAAAUGAAAGAAAAGAAGGAAAAGUCCAAGGACGAACCUGACGCUGAAAAAAGGUCCAAGUCCAAGCGCACUGCCUCGGACGAAAUCACCAUCGAUUUGGCUCAGGAAAUCCCACUCUCCAAGAAGCAUGCGAGAAUGUUAAAAAAGGGCAAGAUCACCAUCGAGGAAAUCAAGAAGGAGUUGGGCUUGACGGAAAAGCCUAAAAAGGACGACAAGGAAGUCAAGCUCGAUGCCGACGGUAAUGAAAUCGAAGCCGAAAAGAAGCCAGCCAAAUCUGAGUUCGGUGUGUGGAUCGGUAAUAUGACCUUUGAUACCACCAAGGAAGACCUCAUCAAGUUCAUCGUCUCCAAAACCACAGACUUUGCCAGAAUCGAGACCGUCUGCAACGACGCAACAGCGCGUGCGCUCAUCACCGAAGACGACAUCACCAGAGUCAAUUUGCCAAUGAAAGAGCGUAAGAUUAAGGGGUUUGCUUACGUUGACUUCAAGACCGCUCAGCACAUGAACGCAGCCAUUGCCAUCUCCGAGGAGAACUUGCUUGGCCGUAAGUUGUUGAUCAAGAACGCCAACUCGUACGAGGGCAGACCGAAGAAAGAUCCGCUCGCGGGUUUGUCCAAGAACCCACCAUCCCGUAUCUUGUUUGUGGGUAACUUGUCUUUUGACACCACCAAGGAGUCGUUGGAGACCCACUUCCAACACUGCGGUGAGAUCUUGAAGAUCCGUAUGGCCACCUUCGAAGAUACCGGUAAGUGUAAGGGGUUCGCAUUCCUCGACUUUAAGGACGAGGUUGGGCCAACCAAGGCCUUGCAGGAUAAGGCUUGCCAGCGCAUCACCAACAGACCUCUCAGAAUGGAGUUUGGGGAAGACAGGUCCAAGAGAGUGCCAAACCACCACAAGAAGGCCCAGGAAGAGGCUCAGGCUGUGCGUGAGGCCAGAUCCGAAUCAUUCAUCCAGCCCCCAAGAGAGAGGUAUGUCGAACCAGUCUACACCGCCCCGGCCUUUGACGCUGAGAGAAAGCCAAAGAGACCAAGACCAGAAGGCUUCUCCCGCAGCAACCACGACAGCUACAAGAGAGUCAAGUCCUCCAUCGCCUUGGCUGGCGCCCAGAGAGCCAGUGCGGCGAUUGUACCUUCCGCCGGUAAGAAGGUCACCUUCUAAGGUCUGUGUAUUUUGUAUAGUAGUCAAGGCAUGUCCUAUG